AUGCGCAUUGCAUGGCACACGGUUGACCUUCCCACAGAGGGGGUGGCUCAGCGAGGGUACCGAAGGGACUAUUUGGGCACUGGUGUGAAGUGGCUGGGAGUAUUGUGGCUGCUGUGGCUUCAACUGAGCUUGCUGUUACUCGUCAUUGGACAGUAUAACGGUGCUUGGCCGUUCUAUUCCGUGGAUCUCGAACCAACUUGGAACAGCUACACACGAGGGUUCCUGGCUGCUUGGGUCACUAGUACGACAGCUCUUAUGCUCCUCAAGAGGUUUGAAUACUUCUUCAGCACGCUGUAUUUACUACCGUGUGAGCUUAUCUUGGCUGAUUAUGUGAUGAUGACUGCUACGACUGUUGAUGAGUGCGGUGGUGGAGUUAUUCGUCAUUCUGAUCUAUGCAAAGUUGAGAUCCGCUUCAACGAUGAGUCAAGUGACAUUCACGAGUGGCAGAAGCGAUCUGAUAACUUUGAAGCGUCCUUGACUUGGGUGUGGAUGUCCUGGGCUACCAUCGAUGUUGCUGUGUGCUACUCCUAUGGUCAUGUGUACCGUCGGGCUGUGUAUCGUAAUCUGGCGUUGAUGGUUACUGUCAUUGCCCUUGGUGUGCCCGUACUGGUCCUGUUGCUCAAUGGUAGUUGCUCUUACAACUGCGCCUUCAAGAUCAAUUGCAAGGAUGAGGACUACUUUGCAUUGAAGGAUAGCUGGUUCAACUAUUUCCUAUUUAGUUAUGAAGAGAUAGGAGGCACUGAAUGGUACAGUUCCGUGCCAUCCAAUGUAUUACCAGUGGGUCUCCGUUGGGGCUUCUUGGCUCUGUUUUCGGGUAUGACUCUAUUGCAUCAUCUUUCCUAUAGUAUCAUUAUUCUUGGUCCCUGGGUGCAGAAAGUACUCCCCAGUUGGGGUUGGGGCGCUGAGGAAGCAUCUGCUGGGAUGGUCAACGGAGGCGGCCGUUCAUUCCAGUUGCCCAAGUUGCGAGUAUUGGGCAAGAAAAUUAAAAGGAGGCUAAGGCGUGGACGUAGUGCUAUGACAAGUGGCAAGUCUAAGGUGGAGCGGCGCAACUCUUUAGCGUCUCUGGCUACUGAUGCUGACUUUACUGGGAUGGACUAUGCCGAGGAUCGAUUUGCUGACAUCCAGCACGUUGCGUUUGAAGAUGAAACGGUUACGCCGCCUUCGUCGAGCGGUGCUGCUGCUGCUGGACCCGUCCUUUUUGGUCGUCAAAAUGAGCCUGAACGCAUUUAAAUUUAAAGUAUUUCACCUACGACGUAUAUCCUCAUCGGACAUGCUCUUUUAAUUAUAUCUGCCUCUGGCUCGA